UCGAAAAUUCAUAAGCAUCAUCACUUGUUCACCCCAUCUUCUUCACUCCUUAUCCUCCUCUAUCCUAUUUCUUAUCCUCCAUUCCAUUCCAUUCCAUUCCCUUUCUCUCCAAUUCAAUUCAAUUCCAAUGGCUUCUUCAGUCCUCUCCACAGUCGUUGUCUCCCUCCGCUCCACCACUUCUUACCCUACACCCUCUUCUUAUCCUUCACCCAACCCCCUCACUCUCUCUUUCCCCAAACAAACCCCCUUCUCUCUCCGCACUCACCGCGCCACUCAUCUCCGCCCUCUCGCCGCCGUCGACGCCCCCGAAAAAGUCGUCGACCUCGGCGACCAGAUCUCCAAUCUCACUCUCUCCGACGCUCAGAAGCUCGUCGAGUAUCUCCAGGACAAGCUAGGUGUGUCUGCUGCCUCGUUCGCCGCCGUCCCUGCUGCCGCUGCUCCUGGCGCCGUUGCUGAUGCUCCGGCGGCCGUUGAGGAGAAGACGGAGUUUGACGUGAUGAUUGAUGAGGUGCCGAGUAAUGCUAGGAUUGCCACGAUUAAGGCGGUUAGGGCGAUUACUAGCUUGGCGUUGAAAGAGGCGAAGGAGUUGAUUGAGGGAUUGCCAAAGAAAUUUAAGGAAGGCGUGUCGAAGGAGGAGGCCGAGGAGGCUAAGAAGCAGCUGGAAGAAGCUGGAGCCAAAUGUUCGAUUGCUUAGUUGGCAAUUGGCAAUGUAAUGUUGUUGGUAUAAAUUUUAUGUUCAUUUUGUGUUUUGAGGUAAAUGAAUUGAAUUAAAUCGAAAUGUGUUGUUUAGUUGCAGCUCUUAGCUCCAGUUGUUAAUGAUAAUUGCGAAAUUUAAGUUA